AUGGCUCCUCCUACGCUGAUACAAACUGAGCAAUACGACACUUUUGACUUAAACUCACUUAAAAAGAAUGUGAUCAACUUAAGCUCAAAAGCAAACAAUGCUGAUAUAAAAUUUGCCGAUUGGGAUAAUUUUGAUUUCACUCCGAUCAGAGAAUCAACUGUUUCAAGAGCUAUGACUAAAAGAUAUUUUGAAGAUUUAGACAAAUAUGCAGAAUCAGAUAUUGUUAUAAUUGGUGGUGGAUCAAGUGGUUUAUCAGCAGCUUAUAUUAUCGCUAAACAUAGACCAGAUUUGAAAGUUGCAGUUUUAGAAGCUUCUGUUUCACUUGGUGGAGGCUGUAACAUUGGUGGUCUUUUAUGCUCUUCACAAGUAUUAAGAAAACCAGCUCAUGAAUUUUUAGAUGAUAUUGGAGUUCCUUAUGAAGACGAAGGAGAUUAUGUUGUUGUCAAACAUGCUUCUCUUUUCAUUUCCACCUUAUUAUCAAAAGUCUUGCAAUUUCCAAAUGUCAAACUUUUUAAUGCUAUUACUGCUGAAGAUUUAAUUACAAGACGUGAUGAAGAAACUGGUGAAUUAAGAAUUGUUGGUGUAGUUUACAAUUACACAAGUGUUAAUUUAGCUCAUUCAACUCAAAGUUGUAUGGAUCCUAAUACCAUCAAUUGUGAUGUCAUCAUUAGUGCUACUGGACAUGAUGGUCCAAUGAAUGGUGGAUUUGCAGCUCGUAGAUUACAAGAAUUAUUGAAACCAACUAACUUAGUAGGUGAAAAUCAAAAACCUUCAAAAACAUUCAAGAUUGGUGAAAUGAGAGGUUUAGAUAUGAACAGAGCAGAAAAAGCUGUUGUCUUAAAUAGUGUUGAGAUUCAAAAAGGAUUGAUUUGUGUAGGUAUGGAAGUCGCUGAAUUGUACGGAACAAACAGAAUGGGACCAAGCUGUACUAACCAAUCCAAACCAAGACCCAAAAAUACGAAUCCUCGUGGGAUCCCAGAAGCUCCAUUUAUUGAAAAAGUUGAUAACAUAAUUAAAGAUCCAGAAAAUGAGUUUCAAUCUACCAUGUCACAAUUUCAACAAAGAUUACAGCAGUAUAAAUAUAUGGAGCUAUCGAAGCAACAACAAUUGGCCGACUUAAAUCUUAAAAUCCCUGAUAUUGAAAAAAAUUUAGAUGUUAUAAAUCACAUCAAAGAAAGUAAAAAUGAUGAAUCGGAAGAGGAAGAUACAAAAGAGGUGACAUUCAAUUAUGAGUUAAACGACACGUUAUACAACGAAGCGACCGUUGAUGUAAAAAAUCUAUCAUCCGUAUACUUAUGGCUUGGAGCUGAAGUAAUGCUUGAAUACUCCUUGGAUGAAGCAAUCGAAUUAUUGAAUGAAAGAUUAAACAAAAAUAAAGAGCAAAAGAAAAUCGUGGAGGAAGAUUUAGAAUUCUUGAAAGAAAACAUAACUACUAUGGAAGUCAACACAGCUAGAUUAUACAAUUGGGAUGUUGAAAGAAGGAAAAAAGAAAAAGCUAAAUAA